AUGAAGCAGCUGCUGCUUGGCCUGGCUUUAUUGAUCACUUGUGGGUUCAUCUCCCCUACUGGGGGAAACCUGAUUCAGCUGAAGAUGAUCAAGAAAAUGACUGGAAAGACAAUCAUGAAUUACAUCAACUAUGGCUGCUACUGUGGCUGCGGAGGCCAAGGACUACCCCUGGAUGCCACAGACUGGUGCUGCCAAAGUCAUGACUGCUGUUACAGCAAGAUAGAAUCCAAACACUGUUCACCCAAAUUGAGUUUGUAUAAGUACAGCAUCAGAAAAGGGCAAAUCUACUGUGGUGGCAGCAACCAGUGUAAGAGGCAGAGUUGCCAAUGUGACAAAGAGAUUGCCCUCUGUCUCUGCAAAGAGUUGUACACAUAUAACUCUAGGUAUCAAUGGUACAAAAGGAGUCAGUGUAAGGAUCCCACACCCCCCUGCUCAUCUUUGAAGUCCUGA